AGUCCUCUCCUCCUCACUCGCUGCUGGUCACUUCCCCCGUGCCUGCCUACUUCCAUGCGCUCACAUGGAGCCUCGCGCAGGAAUACGAGCCACCUCUGCCUCGCCAUCAGCUAGCUAUAGCAUAGCCAGGCCACCAUAGUCCACAGACUGCUCCUCGCCGCGGCAUCCGUACCACCAGACGCCCACCCAUCCGAUCGCCGGAACCUCGCCGCGUGUCCGACUCCUCGGGCGUGCUCCAAGCAUGAGGCUUCCAGGCGCAGGCGGCGGCGGGAGCGGGGACGCGGGGUUCGUGCGGGCGGACCAGAUCGACCUCAAGAGCCUCGACGAGCAACUGGAGCGCCACCUCAGCCGCCAGGAGCGGGACGAGCCAGCCCUGGCGCAGCCAGGGAGCCGCCGAGGCGGGUCCGCGAGGCUGGGGGAGCCGCAGCCGCCGCCGCAGCAGCGCCGGCGCCGCGAGGACUGGGAGGUUGACCCCGCCAAGCUCGUCAUCAAAGGCGUCAUUGCCCGCGGCACCUUCGGCACCGUCCACCGCGGCGUCUAUGACGGCCAGGACGUUGCCGUGAAGUUGCUUGACUGGGGGGAGGAUGGUCAUAGAUCAGAACAAGAAAUUACCGCACUAAGAUCAGCAUUUGCACAAGAGGUCGCUGUGUGGCAUAAGCUUGAUCAUCCAAAUGUUACGAAGUUUAUUGGGGCUAUAAUGGGUGCAAGAGAUCUAAAUGUACAGACAGAACAUGGGCAUCUUGGCAUGCCGAGUAAUAUUUGCUGCGUUGUUGUUGAGUACCUUGCUGGUGGUGCACUGAAAAAUUUCCUGAUAAAAAAUAGGAGAAGGAAGCUAGCCUUUAAAGUUGUGGUCCAACUAGCUCUUGACCUUGCCAGGGGAUUAAGCUAUCUUCACUCGGAGAAGAUAGUGCAUCGUGACGUGAAGACUGAAAACAUGCUUCUCGACAAAACAAGAACCGUGAAAAUUGCUGAUUUUGGGGUUGCUCGAGUCGAGGCUUCAAACCCUAGUGACAUGACUGGUGAAACGGGCACACUUGGUUACAUGGCACCUGAGGUCCUGAAUGGUCAUCCUUACAAUAGGAAAUGCGAUGUUUAUAGCUUUGGGAUUUGCUUAUGGGAGAUAUACUGCUGCGACAUGCCAUAUCCUGACCUUAGCUUCUCAGAAGUAACUUCUGCCGUUGUCCGCCAGAACCUGAGGCCGGAGAUACCGCGGUGCUGUCCGAGCGCUUUGGCGAACGUGAUGAAACGGUGCUGGGACGCGAACCCCGACAAGCGGCCCGAGAUGGCCGAGGUGGUGGCCAUGAUAGAGGCCAUCGACACGUCCAAGGGCGGCGGCAUGAUCCCGAUAGACCAGUCGCAGGGGUGCUUCGCCUGCUUCCGUCAGUACCGAGGCCCCUGACGGUCUGGUCUGACGGUGUCACCUGAUUGGUGAUCUAGAAUCUUAGUGUAAUACUACUACUGCACUCUACUAAUCACGUCAGUCAUGGCUAAUUUAGUAAAUGCCCGCUUCAUCUCAUCAUUGUAUGUAUGGCUUGUGCGAACCCUAUUGCCUGGCAUGCCCUAGAAUCAAGCUCGGAGUUUAGUUGAGUCUGACAGGGGGAAGGUCACAGGUGGUCUUGCCGUCGCGUGGUCUGAAGCGGACACACUGUACUAUUGCAGUUUAUAUAUGUUUACUUGCAGAAUGUGAAUAAAGAACAUAUUUCCCGUUUGGAAUGCAACUUGCUUUACCAA